UCAGCAGAUCUCCUCCAUCGUGCUGAGCUGGGAUCUGCAGUAGGAGCCACAGAGCCGUGCCUGCAGCAGGGGGGUUUCCCUUCCAGCUGUCAUGAUGCUGGGACUCCUCCCUGCGCUCCCCUGCCUGCUCCUCCUCUCCCUGCCGGGCUUCAGCUCUGGCUCCGAUGACGACGGCACCGUGGUGCUCACCACCAGCGGCCCCAUCCGGGGCAAGCGCCUCCUGGCCGGCUCCAGCACAGUGACGGCCUUCCUGGGCAUCCCCUACGCCGAGCCCCCCAUGGGGGCCUUACGCUUCCAGAAACCACUUCCCCACCAGCCCUGGAGCCACGUCCUGGAGACCACCAGCUUUGGCAACGCCUGCCAUCAGCCGCUGCUUACUGGUUACCCUGAUGCCUAUAUGUGGACACCCAAAACGCCGCAGUCCGAGGACUGCCUCUUCCUCAACGUCUGGGUGCCCCAUCCCCGGCCCCCCGCGCCGGCCCCCGUCCUUGUCUGGAUCCACGGUGGGGGGUUCUUCGUAGGUGCAGCCUCCUUGGAGCUCCAAGAUGGGCGCUUCUUAGCCGCCACCGAGAAUGUGAUCGUGGCCUCCAUGAACUACCGGCUGGGGGCGCUGGGCUUCCUGUCCCUGCCUCCGGCCGCCCCGGGGAAUGCCGGCCUGUGGGACCAGCGCCUGGCGCUGCGCUGGCUGCGGGACAACGUGGCCGUCUUCGGCGGGGACCCAGCUCGUUUGAUGCUCUUCGGCCAGAGUGCUGGGGCUGCCUCGGUCGGCUUCCACCUCCUGUCCCCGGGGAGCCGGCCCCUCUUCACCCGCGCCGCGCUGCAGAGCGGUGCCACCACCUCUCCCUUGGCCUGGUUUAGCCCAGAAAUGGCCAAGGAGAUAGGCCGAGCACUGGGCCGUGACCUGGGCUGCACCGAUUUCAAUGACACCGCCCUGGUGGGCUGCCUGCAGGGGAAGGAGCUGGGAGACUUUGGGAAACGCAUUAUGUCCAUGCCUGGGUCCGUGCCGACCGUAGACGGGGAUUUCCUCCCCGAUGAGCCACUGAGACUCCUGGAGGCCGGGCACAGCCAGCCUAUACCCCUCCUGGCCGGUGUCACAGCCAACGAAGGCUCCUACCUAAUCAUCACUGCCCUUAACUUCACCAGGGUGAACGCCAGCCACGUGAGCUGGGAGGAGCUGCUGGAGGUGCUGAGGGUGACAAUGCCGGGGCUGCCAUGGGAGGGCGUCCAGGCGGCAGCGGAGCGGUACAACCAGAAGGGGCAGGGCUCGGCGUGGUACCACCGCACCAUGGCUCACAUCAUCAGUGACUAUCAUGUGGUGUGCCCCAUAGCCAAGACGGCUGGGCAGAUGGCGGAGGCCGGCAGUCCCGUGUAUGCCUACACCUUCACCCACCGCCCCAGUGGCUUGUCUUCCCCCAAAUGGAUGGGGGUGCCACAUGGCUCUGAGGUGCCCUACCUGUUUGGGACCCUGGCAUCCGUGGGGGGAGCCAACCACACGCACACGGAGGCCGAGGUGGCACUGAGCCGCAGAGUGAUGCGCUACUGGGCAGAGUUUGCCAGAAGUGGGAACCCCACAGGGGCAGGAGGCAGCGGGGAGCAGUGGCCUCGUUACAAUGCCACAGAGAAGAAUUUUUUCCGUAUCGGAACGGAGCCGCCCCAGGUGGAGGGGACGUCGCCCGCCCGGCUCUGUGGCGUCUUGACACCAUUGGUCCCAAACUAUCAGCGGCUCAAGGCCCAGCCCAAAGGAACUGCUGAACCAGCAGGGGAGACAGAACGUCUGGAGGACUGAGCACCAUGGAGAAACACAGGAUCUUCAGCAGGAAAAGCCCAGACCCCCUCCGCCAUCUCAGCUAUGGGAGUUAGGUCCAGAUUCUCAUGGGUAUUUAGGUGUCGAAUGGGAAUUCGUUACCUAAAUAGCUUUGAGGAUCUUGGCCUAACUCUCCCAGCUGGGCGUCGGUAGCAUUUUUGUUGUAGUAAUGCUGGCCGGCCACUAGAUGGAGACAAGAUCCGGCACACUCAUCCCUCUUCCUACGGUAGCAUCCCUACAGUGAUACCUUUAUGUGCAGUAUAUAAAUUGGCCACUAGAUGUCACUGUGGAGGGGAAGCUGUCCCCUGGUCAACAGUGGAGACAAAGGAGGGUUGCGACUGCAUUUUGAAAUCUCUGCUUGCCAGUGCAUCAAGUUAAUAGCCGAAGUUAGCUGGCUCAAAGCCCUGCUUUGUCGGUGCAAUAAAUUCGUUAGACUACAACAGUGCUAACUCAUUGCUGCUUUACCAGGGCAUUACCAGCAUUAGCUCACAACACUGAACUAAUUUUCUUUUUCACAAGUGAGGCUCACAACAGGUUUUAGGCAAAACAAAUCCAAGCAUAACUUAAGGGGUCAGCCCAAUGGUCCAGCUAGCCCAGUAUCCCGUCUUCUGACAAUGGCUGGCGCCAGAUGUUUCCGAAGCACAGGCAGACCAGGGCAAUUAGUGAGUGAUCCAUCUCCUGUUGUCCAGUCCCACCAUCUGGCAGUCAGUGGUUUAGGGGCACCCAGAUCAUGGGGUUGCGUCCCUGACCAUCUUGGCUAAUAGCCAUUGAUGGACCGAUCCUCCAUGAACUUAUCUAAUUAUUUUUAAACCCAAUUAUACUUCUGGCCUUCACAACAUCCUCUGGCAAUGAGUUCCACAGGUUGACUGUGCGUUGUGUGAAGAAAUACUGCCUUUUGUUUGUUUUAAACCUGCUGCCUAUUCAUUUCAUUGGAUGAUUCCUGGUUCUUGUGUUAUGUAAAGGAGUAAAUCAUUCCUUAUUCACUUUCCCCACACCAUUUAAGAUUUUAUAGACGGCCCUCAUAUCCCUCCUCCCUUGUCUCUGGCUAAGCUGAACAGUCCCAGUCUUUUGAAAUCUCUCUUCUUAUGGAAGCCGUUCCACACUCCUCAUCAUUUUUGUUGACUUUCUCUGUACCUUUUCCAGUUCUCAUAUCUUUUUGGAGAGGGGGUGACCAGAACUGCACACAGUAUUCAAGCUGUGAGUGUACCACGGAUUUAUAGAGUUGCAUUAUAUUUUUUUGUCUUAUUAUCUGUCCCUUUCCUAACGAUUCCAAAUAUUGUGUUGGCUUUUUUAAACUACUACUGCACACUGAGCAGAUGGUUGCAGAAACCUCUCUACAAUAACUCUAAGACCUCUUUCUUGAGAGAUAACAGCUAAUUUAGACCCUCUCAUGUUAGCUAUAGAGUCAGGAAUGUUUUUCAGUAUUUAUUAUUUCUAGAUUCAUUUUUUUCACUGUACAUUAUUGAGCCCCUCC